AUGAAAAAUAGCUUUCGAAAAUCAUUUAGUUAUCGUCUUCGAAAGAAAACUCAUAGUGAUGAUCAUGUUUAUCCACGAAUUGAUACAAAUAAUUGUUCAAAUUCAAAAUUAAAUUUAGUUAAACCCGUCAAAUCAAAAAGUUUUUUACAACUACGACGACGACGUCGUUCUUCAUCAUCAUCAUUACCACCACCACUGUCAUCAUCAUUAGAUCAAAUUAAAUCAACAGUAUUUGAACCUCGUUAUGAUAUUCAUGAUGAUCCAAUUUCAUCAUCAAUAAAUUCUCAUUCACAUCCAUUUGAUCGUUUAACUUAUCAAAUACGUAAAUCAUUUCGAAAUACAUUAAGACGACAACGUUCAAGGCUUGGAAGUAUUAAUUCAAAUAAACAAUUAAUAUUAAAUAAAAAUGAUGAAAAUCCACUAAUUUAUCCAAUAAUAUCUACAGGUCUUACAUCACCAUUAACAAUAAAAAUUGAUAAUAAUAAUAAUAAUAAAAAACAACGCAAAGCACCAUUAGCACCUACACAUAUGAAUCAAUCAAUAUCUUUACCAAUUGAAAUGAAUGUCGAAAAACAGCAACAACAAUCCGGUUCUAUAUCAUCCAAUGAUCAACAAUUAGAUGAUAAUAAUAAUAAACAAAAUUUAAAAAAGACAAAUUUUAAUCGAUUUUUUCGAAUAAAUUUUUCAUUUUUACCAAAAACACAACAACAACAAGAUGAAAAUCAUAAUGAAAAAUUAACAUUACGUCAACGAUUUGAUUCACUAAGACGUUCAUUUCAUAUUUUAUCUAACAAACAUAAUGGUCAUCUACUUUCAAAUGAAUAA